UGAUCUGUCAUUUCAUUUUCGUUUUGAGUUUCGGCAAAGGGGUUUCAAGGUGUUAUGAAAAUCAAAAUAUUUUUCACUUUCUUUAUUUAAACACACAUAAUCAACUGAAUUUUCAAAUGGAAUACAUGGAACAAUCAGAUUUUUCACACAAAUGCAGGAAAAGAGUGAGGGAAGUGAAGAAGAAGGCUCGACCUGAACUAAAUACUAAAGAAUCUUGGUAUCAGGAAGGUUACACCAAGGUGUUCGACAAAUUCUGGGAUUUUGUUGAUAACUGCGAACGAAUUGACGAGAAUGAAUGUUCUCAGAGAGAAUUUAUCUCAAAAUACGAAUUGCCUUAUAAACCAGUUGUAAUAACAGGGUGCCAAAACAAAUGGAGAGCUCCAGAAAAGUGGACUCUCGACAAACUUGCUAGAAAAUAUCGCAACCAAAAAUUCAAAUGUGGUGAAGAUAAUGAAGGGUAUAGUGUAAAAAUGAAAAUGAAGUAUUAUAUAAGUUAUAUGCUCAAUACUAAAGAUGAUAGUCCUCUUUAUAUUUUUGAUAGUAAUUUUGGCGAGCAUCAUCGCCGUAAAAAAUUAUUGAAUGAUUAUGAAGUGCCGUAUUUUUUCCGUGAUGAUUUGUUCAAAUAUGCAGGUGAAAACCGUAGGCCACCAUAUCGUUGGUUUGUCAUGGGUCCAGCGAGGUCUGGAACAGGUAUUCAUAUUGAUCCUCUGGGAACAAGUGCCUGGAAUGCAUUAGUUAAGGGUCACAAAAGAUGGUGUUUGUUUCCAACUAAUACACCGAAAGAGCUGCUAAAAGUAACAAAUCAAAUAGGUGGAAAACAGCGUGAUGAAGCAAUAACUUGGUUUAACCAUAUUUAUCCUAAAACCAAAGAACCAAAUUGGCCUAGUGAUUGCAAACCGAUUGAGAUCUUGCAGAAGCCUGGAGAAACAGUGUUUGUACCAGGAGGCUGGUGGCAUGUUGUACUCAAUCUCGACACUACAAUUGCAGUCACACAGAAUUUUUGUAGUAGGACUAAUUUUCCAGUAGUUUGGCAUAAGACAGCUAGAGGUCGUCGUAAACUUUCACAAAGUUGGUUGCGUGCAUUGAAACAGAACGAACCAAUGCUGGCUCUUUUGGCAGAAAGGAUCAACAUUGAACAAUCGUCAGGAGUAGCAUCUGAUUCUAGCAAUUCAUCUUCGAGUUCCAGUUCGGAAUCUGAAAAUAGUUCUCAUUCGGACGAAGACAGUGGACAGGAGUCUAUUACAGCCAAGAAAAAAAGGAGGAAAUCUGAUAGUGAAUCUGGACAUAACCGAAAGACUGCCAAAAUCAAUCAUAUGGAUUGUUCUGAAAACUUGUCUUCUGUGGAUAAUCAUUGUGCUUCCAAUUCUCCUGAGUCAACUGUGGCGGGAAUUCCAUCAAAUGAAUAGUUUUAAUUCUUUUGUAAUCCUUUUUUUUCAAAGUUACCAUUCUUAUUCAGCAUGUUUUAUGUUCUGUAAAGAAUGGAUCAGUUAUUGCCCCAGUAUUUUAUAUAGGGUAAUUUCAAUUUCUGGAUGUUUUAGAACUAUGCAUACAAUUUUAACAUGAUCAAUUUUUUCAACAGGAGAUGUAUAUUUGUUCUUAUUGUAAAGGUAUUCAUGUUGAUUGGACUGGGAGAUCUUGUCUCGAUUAAAAUACCAUAUUUCAUGCAUUCCCGAUUAUCAAUAAACUUGUUCCUAUUUCAUCAACAAACUUACCUCUAAAGAUUUUUAUCUUGGCAAUAAUAUUUUCAUUCUUUAUAGAUUUGUAUUUCGAAAGUAUUAUUAUAUUAUUUAAAGUAUUCCUAGUUUAUUCAGGAAUAAGUAUGAAGAUGAGCAAUAGAAAUAAUUGAAAUGCCACUAUAUUUUUAUACAAAACUGCAAGGAGACAAAUCAAUAUGAACAAUCAGCUAAAGUUCAUAAAUGUAAACUUUACAACUUUUAUAUAUUCCUGUUGCUCAUACUGUACUGAAAUUUGUUAAAUAUUCCCUCUUGAUUUUAUUGUUACAAGAGUUAUGCAAUAUAGAUUCAAUUGAUUGAUUUCAUAUCUUAGGAGGCAGGUUCUAUCCAUUGCUGAAUUUUCUUCAUGCCAAUUACAUUGGGUAGGUUGAAUUAAACAUCUUUCUGAGCACAACCUUAUAUGCAGCAGCUGUGUUGGAUAAUGUUAUGGAAAAGUUAUCCAAUUCUACUUUCAUUCUUUUAGUAAGCGAUGCUAAAUUCUGUUGAUAGUGUUAUGACAUGAAAGAUUCGUAUCAAAAAAGGUGUAUUCCAAAGAGACUUGAAAUCCCUUCAAUGUUUUAUUUUGAAACACAAAAACUAAAAGAGAAUUUAACGCAAUAACUUAAUCUGAAUGAAAACUAUCUGCCACUUGGCUGAUUAAGAUCAUUUUCUUUCAGAAUUUUUAAAUUCUGGGAAAAAAAUUUGACUACGGAGUUUUUCAACAUCCUCAGACAAAAACAGAACUAUUUUACUGUCGCAAUGCUACAAAAAUCAAUAAUUUGAAACGGAUAAAAGCGAAUACAAUAUGUCUGGGAUUAUAGUUGAACUUUUGAAUUCCAUCAACCUACCCAAGGAAAUUUCUUUGAUUUUAUAUCAAUAUUCAACUGGGGAAACUCCUUUGCAAUAUGGUAAAACGUUUUCUGCAGGAUUUCCAAUUGUUAUUUCCUCUGUAUUUCUGAUUAGUUGUAGAAUAAUUAUUCGACUGAAUUGUGUUUUUGUAUCUGAUGUUUAUAAUCAUAUUUUCUCCUAUUAUUCAGUUUGCUCAUUUCAGUUUUUUCCUUUCCGAAUGUUUUUGAGUUUCUUUCAAUUCAAUGGAAUAUCUCGAAACCCGGGAUAAAAUCACAUUUUCUUUUAUGUUUCUUUUCUGUACUUCUCCCAAAGAAGAAAGUCUUAAUUAAAAAAUGAUAAUAUAUAUUAUAUUGCUUUAAGUAUUUAUUUUAUAAUAAUAAUUUAUAGUUAAUUGAACAGGUAGAAAGGCGGUGUACUGAAUUCAUAGGUACAACAAAAAAUUAUUCAAAGUAUGCAACUUAUGAUUGUUGAGUAGUGAGUUCUUACCUCAAAGAAAUCUCAAUAUUUAUUUCAUCUUCAUUUUGUGUAAAUAAACAAUAUUGUAUUUUAUCCAACUAUGAUUUAAAGCCAAAUUUUUGUGAUUUGAAACAUUGUGCCUCAUUCGUUUCAAUAUGCUCGGCAAUGCUAUCUAAAAUCAUUCUGUUGUUGUUUACUGAUGAUGUCAGAAAUUUUUUUAUAGAGAAACUUUUCAGACGUACUGUAAGGUCAAGUGAUCUUGUUUAGUGCCUCGAUUUUACAACUGUGGUAUCAUUGAAUCACAAUUAUAACUAGAUAAGCAUUAUUAAAGCGUAAUGAAUUUCUAAAA